AUGGCGGAGACUGCGGAUCCUCAAAGCUCAUCCUCGGAGGAGGAAGCACUUGAUGCUCCAGACCCCAUACAACAGACUGCUGACCCUUUAUCGACACUUGGAGACCUGGGAACUUCGGAUACUAAAGGAGAUAUCCAGAAGAAUCUGCGCACCAUGUUCCGUAAAGAUAUAGAAGUACUGCAGGAAGAGGUGACCACUGUCACAGACAGGGUGAGGGCUACCGAAGAGGACAUCACCUCAAUAGCACCAUGCCAACAAGUCAAGGGGGAGAAGCUACAACACCUCCAGUCCUUGCACCAGACAUUAGAAGCCCGGAUGGAUGGCCUAGAUGACGGAAGACGCUGCACCAACAUCAAAAUCAGAGGCAUAGCCGAAUCUAUCGACGACACAUGA